AUGUCAGCGUUUGUUCUGUCUCCACCAAUCAAUAUCUCUAUUCCUUCCGAUCCCACCAUCCACGCAGGCAUCAUGGAGCUGGAACUCGAGUCGCCAUCGUUACUGCCUGCCUGUGCGCCCGCACCGCUGCCGGAGGAAUCGCUGCCUGUGCCCGAAGAGGAGGUGCCGGAUGUGUCCUGUGGGAUAGCGGUGGCGAGGAGUGUGAGCCAGAAGAAGAGGAAUAGGGAGUUGAAGAUAUUCAUGAUGGGCGCUCCUUAA